GACAAAGUUUCACAGACGAGACAGACCAUCGAAAAUACAAUUUCUAUGUUUCGGUUCGUCAGCCCUCGAUCUUAUCGUUGCCUAACCGAAAGAGUUCGAAAUUGCAAGGUUUGUUUCGCUUCGCAAACUUCCAGAUUGCGCCUAUUAAAAGUUCCAUAAGAAAGGUUUCAACAUCACGAUUGUGAAUGCGUAAUGAGCGGCACGAAAGGCCUGCGCGUAAUCUGCAGGACCAGUUAUCGAAAUAUCCCCGCUGAGGAGACAACUAGAACAGAGACAUCGCGUCGAUUCAGUCGGAAUUUAAUCCUUUCAACCGAUGGAAAAAUUUCAACUUUGAAAUUCGCCACUCAUUGACAUUUUUUAAAAGAUUCGUUUCAAGAAUUAUAAACUGUCGAAAAUAUAAUUCAAGUAACACGAUUUCCACAGUAGUGGAAGAUAAAAAUUCGUUAUUUCUUCAAACGAAUCAUAGUAUUCAAUAACUCCAAGUACCAAAUUCUAAAUUUGAUAACAGCCCUCCUAUAGUUCUAUAGAUACAAAUAAAAUUGUAAAUAUUCCAAACAAUGUUCUGUUCUCAAUGCGUUCAAGCUACGAUGUAACGAUCGUUUAAAAUUACAAUUGCUGAUAAUUACAAUAUAUUCAUAAUUAGUACGUUCUCAAAAUUACGCGAGGUAUCGUUCGAAAGGAAAAAUGGACUUUGCAAUGGGAUGGAAUCGUUUCAACUUGACGUUACUCGGUGUGUGGCCGGAACCGAGAAAAGUAUCAAGAGGAUCACGAUUACUUUCGAGUAUAAUAUUCUGGUUUACGACUAUUGUGACGUUUAUUUUCAUCUGUGCACCACAAACAGCAAAUCUGGUAUUGAAAUCAACUAAUUUGGACGAAGUAAUCGAAAAUUUGUCGAUUAAUAUACCGAUCGCCUUUGCAUUGGUUAAGCAGAUCGUUCUACGGUAUUAUAAGAAAGCCCUGACGCUAUUACUCAGCCAAAUGUUCGACGACUGGAACGAGCCAAUCGCAAAUCAAGAUCGUCAAACGAUGUUAAAGAACGCGAAAAUUAGUCGAAUGAUAUCCAUAGUCUGUUCCACUUUAACAUAUCUCAUGCUUUUCGCUUUUAUAUCGCUACAAAUUUGGAGUAAUAUGCAAAGUGCGUCAGAAGCCGAUCUAGGAGGACUCCUUCAUCCAGCCACGUUCCCUUACGACACACGCAAAAGUCCAAAUUUCGAGAUUACAUGGCUGGGACAGUUUAUGGGCACGGUGCUAACCGCGAUAUGCUAUUCUUGCUUCGACACGUUCCUUGCGGUUCUUGUGUUGCACUUGUGCGGUCAAUUAACUGUUCUUAGAAUGGCACUCGAGGAUCUAGCUAACACGACGAAGAAGGAUAAUAAUUACGCAAGAUUCCAUGAACGACUGGGAUUCAUUGUGAACAGGCACAAUCUGUUAUCUAGGUUUGCCGUGAUCGUGGAAGAUUGCUUCAAUCUCACGUUACUUAUUCAGACUGUAAUCUGCACAGCGAUGUUUUGUCUGACUGGAUAUCGUAUGAUAACUUCCGUAGAUCAGGAGCAAGCGGACGUACCAAUAGUUGGAAUGAUAUUUUUCAUCAUACACGUAAUUUAUACUAUGCUGCAUCUUUUUAUUUAUUGUUAUAUAGGAGAAAUGCUUCUAGGGGAAAGUACCGGUGUUGGGCAAGCAGCAUACGAGUGCGAUUGGUACGAUUUACCACCGAAGAACGCGAUUUCACUAAUUAUCGUAAUAUGUCGCGCGAAAGUAUCGUUUCAAAUAACAGCUGGAAAAUUCAGUCCUUUCUCGCUCGAACUCUUUAAUGCUGUUCUAAAAACGUCUGCUGGAUACCUUUCAGUAUUGUUAGCCAUGAAGGAUUGAUUGUUCGAAGAAAAGUAACGUAAUCGUAUGGUUGAAAUAUAUUGGUUCUUGUAUAUGGAAGAAACAAUAAAAAAACACAGUACACCGAGCAUUUUAUAAAAUCACGUUACAUAUCGUAUAAAUAUUUUGAUAUCCGUUCAGAGGUUCAUGUUGCGAUUCAUAUAGUCCCAUAACAAUGCUUUUAUCCGAAGUAAUUGCACAAACAUUCGAAGAAACUUUUGGUAAAACGAUCAAAACAUUGAAAUAUUCAUAAAACUCACAUUU